CUGCCAAAAGAUUUAAAAAGUGAACGCUGAGUUACGAAAUUACCCUUUAUAUCCAUUCUAAUUUACGGACAAAACCUCGUCUCUUUUGUCCUUUCGACUUUCUCUCCUUCUCUGUUAAUACUCUGCCGCCGCCGUGACGCGUCUUCCUUGUAAUAAAGUCUCUCCGUUAACGUUUAACAAACACGCCGUCAAAAACUCUGCUUUCUAUUUGAUUUCGGUUUCGGUUUUUGAUCAUUGAGUUUCCCUCCACAUCUCCUCGAUUCCCGAUUUUGAAGUUGCUCUCUCUGUGACUCUGUUUAUGCUGCGGUAUUGUAGUGAGGAACCUUUUCCAGCUUGUUACCAAUGAAGAAGCUUUUCUUUUUCAAAUCAUCAUCUAGUAGUAAUGGAACUGAUCAUAAACAGCCUCAUAAGCAAAAAGAUGAUCAGUUUCAACAAAAUUUGAAUAGUCCGAAGGGUUAUAACAAGUCUCAGAGUGGAGAAUCUGGUGAUGCGGCUGCUUUUAGACGAAGCCGUUCAUUUUCCUCUGCAGCUUUUCUCAUUGAUGGAACUUCUUCAAAUGAUGCUACUAGAAGCAGCCAACAUCGUUUGCGAAAUCAUUCCUCACGAUGUUUUACUCCAGACAGACAAUGUAAAGAAUCUGCAAGUUUGUCAACUUGUUCUAGUAAUGUCCUGGACCGUUACAUUGAUGGAGAAGAGCAUUUAGAACGGAGUAAGCAAAAGAGUGGUUCACCACAUAGUAGUCUCUCUGGAAGUAGAAGGGGGCUUCCACCACGAGCUCAACAAUCCCCUUCACCAUUAUCAGAUAGUGGCGGCAAAGACAAACGGAAAUCUAAAGGUUUGAGGGAUGCAUCGGCUCGUUCACUUGCAAGAAGCGUUAUUGAGAGACUAUCUCAUAAUACUCAGGGCAAGUCCAAGGCGUUAAGUUAUGAGCCCAUCAGAAUACAAGAUGUAUGUGGUGGUUACAAUGGUAAAACUCUUGUCUCAAACUCGGAUGUUUUGGCUGAUCUUGUUGUUCCACUGACUGAACAUUAUGAACGGGUGAGCGAAUAUUACGCGGAUGACCAAGCAGAACAGCAGCACCAACAGUUUUUAUUACAUGGUAAGGACAUGUUUAUGGGAACUAAUGGUGUAUGUAAGGAAGGUGAUGUUUGUUCAGAGCUAGAAAGGAGAUAUAAAGAAGCUGAGAAGAGAGUGAAGUUGCUUUCUCAAGAACUGGAGGAGAAGAAGUUUCUUUCAGGCUGUGAUUUCGAUGUUUCAUCUUUGGUUGGGGAUAUUAGACAAAUGGAAGAAGAGAGGGUAGGCUUGGCUUUUGAGGUUUUAAGUCUUUUGCGGUCACAAAUGGAUGAGAGGGCUUCUACUAGGGAAGAGAUCAGACGGGCAAAGACAGAUCGGGACUUGCAUGUAAAGAGGCUAGAAAAAGAGAAGAGUGAGUUACAGGUUGAGUUGGAGAAAGAGUUUGAUAGAAGGUCAGGUGAGUUUACUUCAAAGCUUGAGAGUUUCAAACUGGAGGAGAAGAGGCUAAGGGAGCGUGUCAGAGAGCUUGCCGAGCAUAAUGUCUCACUCCAGAGAGAAAUAUCUACUUUUCAUGAGAAGGAAACUGAGCGCAUCGAUAUGAUAAGACAUUUGGAUGAAACAGUCACGGAGUUGAGUGGAACAGCAGGGGAAUUUCGUGAAGAAAACUUGUAUCUUAUGCAAAACCUCACCAAAUUACAAGAGAGUUACACUGGUAGUACCGAUGAUCUUGAUUGCAUAAGAAGAAACUUUGAGGAGAAAGAUAUGGAAUGCAAGGAGCUACACAAAUCUGUGACAAAGCUCCUAAGAACCUGCAAAGAACAAGAGAAGACUAUUGAGGGACUUAAAGAAAGCCUCUCUGAGGAAAUUAAGAAGCAACCGUCAGAGCAUGUGGACAAGAAGCUUCAGAUGGAGCAAAUAAGGUUGGUAGGAGUUGAAUUGGCACUUAGAAAAGAGGUAGAAUCAAUGAAGCUCGAAGCUGAAUCUCUUGUUCGUGAGAAUAACUGUCUGCUGAAUCAUGUCAAAAGAAAUGGAGAAGAAGCUGACGUUACGACCUUCAAGCUAGAUAAUGAGAUGAAGAUGCGAGUAUGCCAGUUGCAAGACCAAGGGCUGUCAAUGCUAAAUGAGAGCACUCAGCUGUGUUACAAGUUAUUGAAGAUCAUCAAAGAGAAAUUAACCCAGUUCCCUGAGUCCUAUCAAUCAGUGAAUAAUGGAUUGAGUGAGCAGUUUCUGAUUGAAUCUGAGAUGAGAGUUCAUGGAAUAAGGCGUGGAACUGAAAGCUUGAAGAGGAGUUUGCAGACAGUAUCAAGUUUGUUGCUUGAGAAAUCCAAUGAUAAUUCUGAAUCAUCUUGCUCAACUUCUGCUAGGCCUAGUGAGCCAAACAACCAAUCGGUGGAGAAAUCCCUGAGAGCUGAACUAAGAGCAGAAACUCUAGUCACGAGUUUAUUAAGAGAGAAACUGUAUUCCAAGGAAGAAGAAAUCGAACAGCUGCAAGCAGAAGUAGCAGCAGGAGUACGAGGUAACGAAGUUCUACAAUGUGAAAUCCAAAACACUUUAGACAACCUUUCGGUAAACAACCAUCAACUAAAAGACCUCAAGCUGCAGAUGGAGAAGAAGGACGAGAUCAUAAACAGGCUUGAAAUAAAUCUCCAAGAAGCUGUAAAGGACUUGGCUACAUUACCAAAAGUGUUGGAGGAAAGGGAAGAGAUGUGGAAGGAAGUGAAGGAAUGCAGGAAGAGAAACAUGGAUUUGGAGUCAGACAAGGAGAUGUUGAAGAACAAGGUAGAGAAACUGGAAGAGGACACACUCUUUAAAGAAGGUCAGAUCACAAUACUAAAAGACACGCUUGGAAGCAGGCAUUUCGAUCUUCUUCUCUCCAGUCCUGAGUUCUCAUAUAAUGAUUUCUUAGUACAAUAAGACAACACAAUAAGUAAAUGUAUAUAUAAGGCGUCUGUUUCUCGUAUUCUUGUUUCUAUCUUUCUAUCUCGUAUUCUUUUUGUAAAGAGAUAUGAGAAACUUCAUGGUCAACAUCUUCUUAUCCACUACAACAUGUAUUGGAAUAUUAGAGUUAUA